AAGUCACCUUCAGCUCCUACCUUAAACUCCUCAGAAGCCCUCAGAUUGCCCUCCCUUUUAAUGAAGCUUGCUAUAAGUGGCAUUGUUGUCUUCUGAUGCAGCAGUAAUCCUUGGAAGAGAUAAACAACUGGGGUCACAAGAGAUCAAGUGAACAGACUCAAAAUGGGGAUUUUUGGAAGUGAGAAGAUGAUAAUCCUGUUUGCAGGUGGUAUCUGUGGCAUAGCUCCAAAAGCAGGAUCUCUUCUAGCUGGUGUCUACAUGAUUCUGAUGACCAAUAUGUACCUGAUCUUUGAGGCAGGUCACCUAAAUCGCUCCCUAACUCUGAUACAACUGCAUGAGGCAGAAAAUUAUUUGAUUGGAACGAUGUGGAUCAUCCCAUAUUACUAUUACACUGCAAUCGCCUUGGCCGUUAUAACUUACCCUAUAUGUUUCUACUUCCUCUGUUCCAUCCAGAGGCGAGACACUGUAGGAUUGUUUAUCUAUAUUGUUUGGAUCAUCUUCUAUGAUAUAGCCAACAUUGUCCUCGUAGUUCUAACAGCAAGGGCAGCUCUUUAUUCAAUAAGUGACUUGGAAUGGUUUGGAUUGGCCACCAGAAUCCCCACAGACUGCUUUUGGCUUCUCUUUAUCAUAACAUAUUUUCUGAUGAUUGUUGAAGGCAGAAGCAUAGGGAGGAUGUCACUGAAGACAAGGCGGAUAUCGAGACGUGUGUCAGAGCCUCCCAAGUUUAGGCUGGGUAUCAAUGCUAGGAGAGUUCAAUAAGAGUUGUCAGGUAAUUUGUGCACACUAGCAGGCUUGCAAUGCUUGGGACCUAGCAAGAUGAGUACAGUUCACCAACCUUGUAUUGCUGGCCACUGGGAGCUUUAAAAGCCUCUGGUUAUAGUUGCCUGCCUAGAACUGCAAGAACAGAGGGAUUGUCAAACACUCAACAGGGCUGCAAAGCAUGGGUUUGUCUUGCCAGAGUUGCAAAUCUGGUGUAUAAAUUCAUGCUUAUCCU